AUGUCUGUUCAAGACAAACAAACAGGCUCCCUACCAGUAUCUACGCCUGAGACAGACUCCCAGUCCAAACCCGAUCAGCUCAUUAAGGCGGGUGGUACUUGUCCUGCUUCUGGCUGUCUACCAAUGUCUGAACUUGAGACUUCAUCACAACCCAGCCUCAACCAGCUUGCUCAGACAGCUGGCAAUAUUCCUCCUCCAUCAUUCACUGGGUUCAAAAUACCACCUGCCACCCCAAGACUGAUGUUGACUCCAGGACCCGGGUUCAGCAGCUUUUCAACUGGCCCAUCUCCAUGGCUUACUAAAGAGAGCAAUCAGAAGAGCCCAUGGAUUCCUAAAGAUGGCAAUGAGAAAGAUUCCAAGGGUCAAGUUGAGAAAUCAAUGUUGUCUACAGGGCAGGACCUCCAAGGGCAAUGUGCUCGACUGGCAGCAUCCAUGUCAGUUGAAAAAACGGUGGAGAGGAAGCCAGUCCCUGAGUUUCGAGGAUAUGAUGAUACCGAUUAUACUUCUCCUGAAGACGGUGAAAUCAAAUCCAGUGGCGUGACUAGUGUCAGCAAUCACACGGAUCGUGACGGUAGACUAUCGCCUGUUGACUUUAGUGAGGUUGCUGUCAACAAGAGUCCGCAACUCAGUGAGGUAGACCUUCGAAGUCUAUCUCCUAAGUUGGUCCUUUUUUACUUUGGCGUGCUGAGGUUACAGGAUCCGCAACUUGAUCCGGUUGUUGAGUACACUAAGGAUGCAGCUGAUGGGCGAUUCUAUGCAAAACUCACGAUGUAUCGGGAUUCCCUCAGAAUCCCAGCACUAGAGUCGAUGACGGCCGUGAAGGUGGAACUUUGCCGAGUGGCUUUGUCGAUCCUGAAAGUCCGUUAUGCGAACUGGAAAGUUCCCGACGAGCCGAGUGAGAAGUUGACGACAUUCAGUUGGCGCUGGGGGCAGCUGCUCCAAGUCUACGCAGAAGAUAUGAAACACCCUUCCCCAGAGCUUACGAGAUACGUCCAUAAGAAUGGAUUUCGUUAUCAAGUCGAUAUAGGCAAGGCGAAUACAGGGAUUGUGACGAGCCUGGGCCAUCGCAAGUUUUAUGAAACUGAAGAUCAAGCCAUAGAAGCAGCAUCUCAUGAGGUUUUGUAUCUACUACUCAUUCAAGAGCUUCAGGAACUUUCAGAGGCGACGAUUGCAGUGUCGAGACCUGAACAUGAAAACAUGUUGACAUUGUCUUCUCAGCUACCCACACCGACUCCAGACAGCCUACUCCCAGAUACGAUCGAAUCUUCAUCUGUCUCCAACAAUGCUGGUUCUAGCAGGGACAUGUUCAAGCCGGUCAAUGACAUAGUCCUCAAGCCGAUACAUUCAGCGAAUGCACCCAACAGAGUCACGAAACCUACUCGCCCACACUCAAAACGCAGCAAUGCAAGUGUCGCUAGUGAGCCAUCCAGUUCCAAAUUGUCCAAUUUGGUUCCGGUCACGAACCCACGCAUUAGCAUAGAUAAAAUGCGUGACGAGCCUCAACCGGAUAGGAAGUGGAAAGCGUCGCCGGAUCAGUUGAUGAAUGCCAUCGCACGUUUGCAAACCCAAUGUCAAAAAUAUGAAAGAGUAUGUAACAUGCUUGGAUUGACUUCAAAACUCGAGUUUCACGAAAACGUUAGGCAAGCUCCUGCACCGUCCACAUAUACAGUCUGGGCGACCUUUCAAAACGAACCAUUCCUCACUCGAGCGGGCCCAAUCGGUUUGAUCAACAAGUGUCCCGGCACCAGGGCGAUUGCGGAAGAACGAUGUUGCCAGAAAGUGGUCGAUUACCUGUUGAAAAUGGUCCGUGAGGACUAUGAAUUUGAGAACGAGGAAAUGAAGCAGCGCUGGAAGAUUGACAACUAUGGGGCAUUGCAACAGAAGGCAAUGGGAAUGGACAUCGACUCGACUGGAUGA